AAGGUGUGUUACUGGGCAUCAAUUCCCGUAAUUCCUUUAAAGUAAAGGAGUACUCGUUGGAAUAAUAGAUCAUUUCAGUUUUAUGGGAUAUUUAUCACAUUUACAUUGCGGCGAAUCGCUAGAGCACAUCAUUGGAAUAUACUAGGAUGAGUCACUAGACACAGCAGUUAGAUCGACAAUACGGAUUUACCGAAAUGAGCGCGUGUUUAUUUUCUCAACAUUUUUGGGGAGAGAAGCACUCUGGAUUUGAUGCUAUGUACCAGAACUUCAAAUUAUGCUACCGCACUUCAGCAGAGUUCGCAGAGUUCUUACGGGAGAGCUAUUCUGCGGAAGACAACUAUUACAAAGCAUUAAUUAAAUUGUCAAAACAAGCAAGUUCUUACAAUAACACUAGCAGUUUCAAGCCGUGUUGGUCCUUGUUAAAACAGCUCAUCGACCAAGUCUCUCAAGUUCAUCUGAACAUUGCUCAAGAACGACAAAAUUUAUCAAGGGAUGUACAAAAGUAUCUUGAAGAGCAACACAAGCGGCAGAAGCUAAUCAAGGAUACAGAAGCUUCUACUCAAGAAGUCGUACACGCAUUUCAGGUGACUUCGAUGCAGCUUCAAAAAGCUAAGGAAGCAUAUCAUUCACGUUACAGUGAAUAUGAACGUGCUAUGCGCUUGGAAUCUGGUUCUAGUCGAGAGCAAGAAAAACUGGAGGUGAAGCUGAAGAAAGCUCAAGAUGAAUACAAGUAUUCAGUGGAAAAGUAUAAUAAUCUGCGUAACCAGUUUGUGAGCAAAAUGCACAUAUCGUGUGCUCAGUUUGAGGAAAUUGAAGCUGCCCACCUAGAACAGAUGAGAGAAUUUUUGCACCGUUAUGCGUCAGUAUGGUCUGUUACAGGUGAUGCCUUGGGUAAACUACACAAUCAGUUUGAUCAAGAUUUGGCUGAGUUAACUACAGACAGGUUAUUGAAUAUUCUCGUGAGCGAAAGGGGUACUGGAACUCUUGAGCCACAAGGCGUACAGUUCGAAGACGCAGAAGUAGCCGCUGCAUUUUCAUCUAAUGGAGCUGAGCGUGCAAAUGGGACAACAGGAAAUGGUGUUCGCGCUUUGGAAGCCUUUUUUGGUCGUGAAGCUAGAGCUGCUUCUGCUCUCGCAAUUGUAGGUUCUGGCAGUAAAGAUAAUGGAGAAUUAAGUCUCAACAGUUUAACAGAUGUAAGAGCCGAUGCGGUUUCUGUCGCUAGCAUUUCUGUUGGAGUUGCACCGUCAGUAACGAAUAUUUCUAUCUCUGGUAAUGGAACAACAAAACGUAGGGAAGGAUUUUUUCGUCGACGCCGUAAUUCUCUAUCUCAAGAUUCUGCUCAUACUGCCAACGAAAGUAAUCCAACAGGAUCAUCUACCUCAGUUAGUGCUACUACCGGGAUUAAUACCAGUGGCAGUAGUCUUAGUGCUUUUACUGUUGUUGCAAAACGCGGAAUUCGUCGGUUUGGUACUCCCUAUUCGAAUGGCAAAGAUAAGCAAACAAAGCAAGUGAAUAAAUCAGAUACGAUAACUUCAAAAAGCGAUGAUUGGCGGACGGCAACGCCUGUAGAAUUACCAAAGGAUGAAGAUGGAUAUAAUAUCAGACCAUCAGAUCCAUGGGGUGAAAAUGGUGCCAAUCUGGAUCAUUCUGAAGCUGAUGAUUCAGCCUCCGAAGAUGAAUCAGAGAAUGAAGCAAAUAAAACAUUUCAUGGUUUGAAAGUUAAUAUUCGUCCUGUCGGAGAACUGGCUCCAGGAAUAACAACCAAAUAUGAUAGUGAUAAACCUGGAUCUCGUCCAAAACUCCCAGAAACACUGAAAAGUCUUAAAUACAAUGCUAAUUCACAAAAUCCCGUACUUAUUGACCAUCGUGUUGGGUCAACAUUUCGGUCACCGCGCACAACUAUGCCUUCACAACAAAGUACUCCAGUUAAUACAGAGACAGUUGCUGUAUCUGGACAAGCUUUGAUUAAUGCAUUGCCUCUGCCACCUUUGUUACCUCCUCCUCCUCCUCCUCCCCCACCGUCAUCAUCAUCAACUACAUCAGAACUAUUUGCUACUGGUGGUUCAAUGCGUGUUCGAAAUGCUGGCGCAUCAUCGUGUAGUACAUUAGGUAAAGGGAAUCCAAUAACUACAAUACGUCCACGUGGAUAUAGUUGUAAUACAUGGACUAAAAAAGAUAAUUUUAGUCAUAUGAACAAUACAGAAUCAUUUGAAUCGCAUGAAAUGACUAGUAGUAAUACAGCAAGUGAUUUAUCGUCUUUGGAUACCUUGUUUACUGCUCAAGAAACAAACAAGAAACCCGUGGAAUUCAGUAUUUCCGAUUCAGGGAAAAACAAGUGUUCUUCUGAAUUUGAGCUAGGAUUCAACGAUUCUGUGAGUUGUGCGAGUCUUACAAACAAUUUAGAAAGACAUUCUUCAUCUAUAAUGAGUCUUAAUGUAUGGCCUACAGAGGAUAGCACAGUUCGACGAUGUUCUAGUACAGCGCCUACAUCGAAUAAUGAAUCAUCAACUCCUCAGACAAACUGGAUGGCAUUUGAUACAGAUGUAGGCGAAAAAUCCAAAUUUCCCGAUUCCUCUGAAUCUUGGCCAUCUUCUUUCAAUACUAAUCUCCCUUGUAGUACAGUGUCUAAGGAAGGUCGAGUGAUUCCUGAACCACCUGCACGUCUGCAUAAUCGUUUGAAUAACAGUUUCAAUACAGAGCGCACCAUAACACCUUCGCCUUCUGCCUAUACAAUCAAUUCAGCGAAUACUACUACUAAUAAUAUUAUCUGUCUAGCUGCUGCAUUUACAGAAACUUGGCAUGCCCGGUUUUUUAAUGGUGGUGGUAGUUCUUUCUCCACUGCCGCAUCUACAUGUCAACCUCCUAUUCAAGCAAUCAAUGGUAGUUUAACGCUUGCCUUUCCACGUGCAGAUGUUGAACAGAAACUUUUGAAUGGAUUAGUUAUUACACCUCUUAUUCUUAAAAUUACCAAUGCUGCACGAUUACAGGAUUUACAAGCUAAACUUUCUGGUUCGUCUAUCAGUUCAUUUUCAGAGAAUACAAGUUCUGCUAUUACUCUUUGGACAGAUUUCCCUGGAAAUCCAACAAAUACCAGUGCAAAAGCUUCUGAGACACAAAGCGAUAUGAAUUCAGAGUAUUUGCUUACUAUUCCUGGUGAUGUACUAUCACGUCAUCUAUUGCCAUCAAUUAUUCCGUAUGCAGAAGAAAAUUCAUUUACAUCUAAUGAUAAAUCAGAUAAUUUAAAUUCUUCAACAUCUUCCAAUUCACCGACAUACAUUAAAUUGGAUGUUUUAACGUAUACUGUUGAUGUUAAUGCAGAUAUGAGCAAAGCUUAUCCUGCACUAACACCUCCAAUACACUUGUGUACAUAUUGGCGUUGUGAAGCAUCGACUACAGAUUUCCGUUUAGAUUAUACAGCACAAUGGCCUACAACUAAUGUGAAUAAAGAGUCUAUAAAAAAUGUUGGCGAUUUACGCAUAAAUUUACUGGUGGAUGGAAAUGUGAGUCGUAUGCAAAGUCUUCCUGUUGGGACAUGGCUACCUGAUACUAAUCAUGCUACAUGGCGAAUUCCACUACAGAAUUCUAAUAUUGAUCGUGAUACUUUAAAAAAUUCUAAUAAUUCUCAUCGUUCAGAAUUUGCUUUAAAAUUUGAUGCAACUGGUACAGUCAGAGCUAAAUUCACACUGACCAAUGGUCCUGGUAGGCCACAACCGGUUAGUUUGCAAUUCUUUCGUGAAGGUUCAACAGCCAGUGGUGUACAGCUAACUGUUAUAUCAUCAGAUUAUCGUAUGAAUUUGUGCAAACAGCGAUUGAUCGGUGAUCGUUAUGUAUGCGAUCCACCUAAUAAUGCUAAUCGUUAUCAUUCUAAUUCACUUCUUGCAUUAGAGCAUAACACUGUCAAUAAGGACAGGGGGAGUAAUACACUGACAACAGAUAGGAAUAAAACUAAAACUAAUGAAAAUGAAAUGAUUUUAACUAAUCUAUUGUCAUUCUCUGAUACACAGAAGCUAGAUCAUCUUUCAUGACAUGAAAGUAAGUGAAUGUCUUCAAUUCAUUGUGCCUUUCAGAGCAUUCUUAUUUGUUCUGAUUCAAUGCGAUAAACACAAAUCAUUUCUUUUCUCUUACAAAAAUGUAAAAUUCAUUAUGAAAGUGAUCAGUUUUCUUCCUCUUCCUUUUCUUUCUGAAGACUACUUUCUUCCUACCCCCCACCUUUUUAUGCGCCAUUCUUCGAAUUAGUUCAGUGUCGUGAAGAUAAUUUAUAAAACACAUACACAUACAUAUUUUUGACUUCCAAUUCAACAUCUAAUUUAUUCCACUGUAAAUUAUAUUUCACUAGUGUAUCAGAACCCGAGUUAACUGAACCCCCCUCCAUUCUUUGUCUUCUUCUUCUCCUCCAAAUUGAUCGUCUUCCUACCAGAUGACGAAGGUUUAUCUGGUUGUUGCAGUUAAAUGUGCUUAUUACUUAUUAUUAUUACCCAUCCAUUUUCCUUUGUUAAUUCAAGUCUAUGAUAAGUUGUGCAGUUUCGUCAAACAUGUUGAAAGUAUUUUCGUAUGGAUAUAUAUAUUGUGUGUGUGUGCCAACCACUCUUUUGUUUUGUUAAAGAUUCUUCACCUCUUCUUAGUCUAUACUGACUUAUACAUAUAUAACGGUUUACUUCCUUUUUUAUUUAUAUUGUGAAUAGAUUAUGCAACUUGCUUCUAUUCUAAGUGAAGGUGGUUUUUAUUCCUCAUCUUCUCUUCUUUGCUUUCAAGACAGACUGAGGGGAUAACUCUGUGUCUAUUUGUUUCCUUUUCUAUUACAACAACAAAUACUCUUUGUUAUUUUUGUUUUAAUGAACUGAGAUUUACUACACCCUGUUCUCUUCUGUUUGUUUUCUUUUCUCACUUCAAAUCAUC